AGCAGUGUAGUUUUGUGAUUGUCUCCGGCUUGUCGGUGGUCUGUGGACGGCAGAGCAGAGGGUACAGGAGCACAGUGCGUCGAGCGGAGAGAUGGAGGGAGAGCUGUCCGGCUGUGAGCUCGUAUAAACCGGAGGGGGCAACAUCCGAUGAAGAGGAAAUAAACCAUGUUUGAUCCUGAGAAGUGAAAAUCUUCACAGCAAAGCCAGGCUCGUCUCUGAGGCUCCACCGUCAUGAACCCAGUCCUGUAUUGAGCCUCUCCUCGGUGGGUUGGCAUGGCCCAGUGAUGAACGGAGCGGUGGUGCCCGGUAGCCCGGAGCUCUCCUCCUCGUGCCCACUGCCUGACUGGCGAGAGUUCUGUGAGCUCCAUGCUCGAGCCUCCGCUGCAGACUUCGCUGAUAAGUUCCAGCGCUUCCUGUCGGAGAACCCGUGUUACGAUUCGCCAGGUGCAGAUGCCAGCUUCUCACAACACUUUGCUCAUCAUUUCCUGGAGUGCUUCUCUGCAGCGCUGACCCAGGCCCGGGAGAACCAGGCAUCCUCACCGGGGGAGGACGGUUCCAACGCGGCACCUAAGUACAGCAUUGUUCCUUUCCUGGGAAUCCAGAGCUGCCCACUAUCCUACGGUCACGACCUCUACCAGAGACGCAAGGACGCCGGAGCUUCAAGUGAAUCCUUGGACAGUAUGGACAGCGGAGGGGGAGGGAUAGAUGGGGGAGGCAGUGGCACCACUGCCUCCCGAGGCCCCCAGCCGGCCCACAAGGUAUCUGCUCUGGGACAGUCCCGCAGCUCAGAGGACGUGUCAGUCAAUCACCCAAAGGCUCGCUUCAAGAAGGGCUUCUCCCUGAGGAACAUGAGCCUGUGUGUGGUGGACGGGGUGAAGGAGAUGUGGCAUCGACGGGCUUCCCCUGAGCCUGACGCUCCCUCCGGAGCCAGGAAGGCUAAUGGGGGGGGAGCAGGAGGAGGAGGGGGAGGAGGGGAGGCUGCAGGGGGGGAGAAGUGGUCCCAAAAGCUGCGGCUUCCCAGGGGUUCCCAGGGACACAAGGCUGAGCUGCUGGAAAUCCAGAGGGAGGGAGCGCUGAGGUACAUGGUGGCUGAUGACACAAACUGUAUGGGUGCUGCACAGUGGCAGAAGUGCCGCCUGCUGCUGAGGAAGACGAAGAGGGAGGAAGGAGGGGAAAAGUUUCUGCUGGAGUUCUACGUACCACCCAAGUCCUCAAAGCCCAAAGUGAGCAUCCCUCUGUCAGCAAUCGUGGAGGUGAGGACCACAAUGCCACUGGAGAUGCCUGACAAGGACAACACCUUUGUUCUUAAGGUGGAAAAUGGGGGAGAGUACAUCCUGGAAACCAUCGACUCACUGCAGAAAAACUCUUGGGUUGCUGACAUCCAGGACUGCACAGACCCGGGUGACAGCGGCGAUGACAUCGAGCUGGCGUCAUGUCCUCAUGGUCAGGCCUCCAAGGACUGCUCCAUGGUGGCCUCCUGCAGCUGUGAGCUGCUGUCUGAGGGUGUGUAUCGUGCCCCGGAGAGGUCGUGUCCUACAGCAGCAGAGCAUUACAGCGCCCCUUCAGUCCGUUGCAGGGAACCCCCAUUCACCCAGCACCCAUCUCACAUGCCUUUAGAGCGCUUCCUCCAGUCCCCAGAGGCCCAGGGCUCCAACUCUUCUGCAGGUAGUGAAGGAGCGAAAGACUCAGAUGGCGAUGCCAGCUUGGCGGGUUACCCGUGGUUCCAUGGUACACUGUCUCGCGUGCGUGCAGCCCAGCUGGUGCUUGCAGGCGGAGCCAGGAGCCACGGGCUCUUCGUGAUUCGUCAGAGCGAGACACGGCCAGGCGAGUACGUCCUCACCUUCAACUUCCAGGGCAAAGCCAAGCAUUUGCGCUUGUCGGUGAACGAGAACGGACAGUGUCACGUCCACCACUUGUGGUUCCACACUGUGUCGGACAUGUUGAGACACUUCCACGCUCACCCCAUCCCCCUGGAAUCUGGAGGCUCAGCUGACAUCACAUUGCGCUCCUAUGUACAAGUGCAGCGAAGCUCCACCACAGAUGUGACCGUGCCUCCAGUCCUUACCCCACCUAGGGAUGCAGGCUGCCGGACCGAUUCAGCCCAGUCAGUCCUCCACCCUCCUGGGAUUGCAGCACCUUCAGGACCUCCUUCUGAUGGCCCGCUCUCCUCGAGCACCUCCUCUUCACCCACCGCCCUUCCCUCCCUCUCCCGCAGUGACCCAGGUACCGGAGGAGGUGUAGGAGGUGGGUUACAGAGCCGGAGCAACAGCUCUGAGCGCCUGCUGGAGGCCUCUAGUGGUGCAUCUGAGGACUACCACGACUCUGAUGGGACUCGCAGGGCCCGAGCUGUGGAGAACCAGUACUCUUUCUACUAAACCGCCACGAGCAGGGCUCAGUCAUGUAUUUUCUGGACAGGAUGAGGAGCAGAAAGUUGGAGGUGACAUGGGACGCUCUGCUGAUGAUGAAAACGUUCCAAAUCACUGGAUCUCCCAUUGUUUGUCUUUUGUUUGUUUUCGUUUCAACGCAGUUUCCUGUUUCUCUGAUUUGAGAAAGGAGGUGAGAUCAUGCCAAGCUGUGUAUCCACUCUUAUAAAUCCCUCAGGCUUUGUUUCAAACUCAGUUGUCAAGGAUGUGAGUAAACAGACAUACAGAGGGCUACAGAUAGAAAAGAAGAAGGUGAGAUGGAGCGGGAGAUUAGACCUAGAGGUAGAAUGGUGAAGAUAAGUGCGGGCAGAGAAACAAGAGGAAGUCAUACAGUUAAGUCAUGUGGCUUUGAUUCACCUCUUCCGACCACUUCCUGUUCACCCCUGCCUACAGUUCCCUGGGAGCAGAGCGUGUGUCACCACCCUGCUGAAGGACUGAGAGUUUGAAAUGACCCUGAAGAAACAGUCCCUCCCCUCAGAGCUCCUGUGAGCUCCCAAGAGCAUCCCAUUAAUGUUUGUAAAGCUGCUUUGAGUCUGUCCCGGAUAUCCUCACUGUCCCUGCGGGGGUUUCCCUACAAAGUCCUGCUCUGGGUCUCUGCUCAACACUAACAUCAGUACAGCAGUCAUGGGUGUGUUAGUGUUAGCUCGGAGAUGUUUUUCCUAAACGUGUACAGCCUAAAAGGUCUUAGUGCCUGACAAUUACCUUGGACUUGAACAGACUGUUGCCUAUGGGAGGACAAUGUUGACAUACUCACAUCAGCCCAAAAAUUAAAUGCAGGUGAUUAUUUUACUCUGUUUCUGCUUAAAACAUACUGAACAUGCAUAUCUCUGCAUACUGAAAUGAUUUUCUUCUCACGGUUUUAUUGGUGGGUGCAGCACACACACACACACACACACACACACACACACACACACACACAUGUUGAAAUGGAAGAUGAACAACACAAGUUCAGUCUCUACAAAUAUGGCAGGGUAGCUCCCAUUUUGCUGUCAUACUGGGUUAUUUCUAUGAGUGUGUGGUGGUGUAUUAGAGUCCAGAUGUUUUUCAAUGAUCAGUGUGCUACAGUAGUGUUCCUAAAACAUGGUUUUCGGGGUCCCUCCGUCUGGUGGUGGUUCUGUAUUCAAGCUCAUCAUAUCGAUAACCUGUAGAUUAGAUAUGCUGUUAAUAUAGGAGUUCACUUUGAAGUAAUGCCUUGAAGAUAUUAUUAUACCAAAUCCAGCAGGGGGAGGGACUUGGGACUUUUUUUAGAAAGGUGGCAGUAUUGUGUGCUGUUUGUGUGGCCUGCAGGUGAACUUGUGGGUGUGAACUGGAACGGUACAGUUUGUAAAAUGAAGUACUAGAUGGCCAUGCUUGAGUAGAAAUAUGUAUUUUAUGCCGGCAAAUUACUGAGAUAAGGCUUUUUAUGGUAGUAAAUCAGAAGAAAAUGUCAUUUUCACACCACCAAACAUUUAUGAUGUAAGAACUGACACCGAAAUAUUCACUAUAAUACAAAAUAUCAGGAAAACAUUCUCUUGGAGGAAAAGUUAGACAUUUUGGGCAAUAUGCUAAUUUGCCUCUUUGCUAAGAAUUAUAUUAAAUGAGAUAAUUGAUACCACUUAGAAAUAUUAAGAAGUGCUGCCAGUACCCAGCUGACCUGCAGAGGCUCAUCAUGAAGAAUGGAAACAUAGUGAAACAGCUCAUCUGGCUCUGUCCAAAGGUAACAAAAUCCACACAACAGCACCUCUAAAGCUCACUAGUUAAGGCAUGUCUUUAAUUGGUUUAGUCUGUAUAAAAAUCGAAGUGUAAAAAUGGCAAAUCACCAUUUUAUAGUGGGUUAUGUUCCAGGCUAUUUCUUGGUCGACACCAGUCACCAGGCAGCCAACUCAAGUUACUGUACCCAAGAAAUACUACGGUGUGUAACCUUUUGUAAAACAGUGUUUUGACAGACAUAAUAAGCUUUAGAGGUGCUAGUGGGUGGAUGUUGUUUAGGGCGCCAUCAAUCUCCUCAUCCAAAUCUCAGAAAGACAACACAUAAUCAUAAUUCCCAAAAUUCUGAACUUUUCCAUUAAAGUGUGUUAGAUACACCAGAGAUCAUAAGAACACUUCAAAUCAUUGCAAGCGAGCAGCUACUGUAUUUCAAAACAUAUGCAACACUUUUGUUCAGUUGGAAUAAACAUAUCAAGACUCCGCGUCUGUCUUGUCAAGCAUGGCCAUUUAGCUUCGAAGGUGAAAUUUCAAUUUCAGUCGAGGAUCGGAUGGAGCAGUUUAUGUGCCAAUUUGAAUCCUAUUUUUGAAACAUAUUUAUUCCUCAGCCGUUGUAAAUUACAUUUUUCCUAUUGAGUCUUAUUUAUGUACAAUUGAUUGAUUCUUCUUGAUGAAACAUCCUCAGUGGAACCUGUCUGUUGCAACAGUCCAUCUCACAUAUCACAGAUUUGCUUGUCUCCCUUUUAUUUUCUUAACACUUCUUAAAGCUGAGUUUUCUGUUGUCUGACUGAGUUUUGAAGAGUCUGUGCAAUUUUGUACAAAGUGAUGUACUUGACAUACUACUUUAUAUUUCUGUGAAUAAAAUGUGA